GUUAAAUCGAGGCGCUUUGUAAAUGGUUGCUGACAAGAUUGCUUGCCAAUCGUGUACCCUUUACAGAGAGAUGCAGCACCCAAGGUAUUUCGAGAAUACUUUAGAUGAUUCCAAACCAUCACAAGACAUAUCAGAUGCCCAGAAAGACUAUGUACCAGAGUUACUGCAAAUAAUUCACAAAAACUGCCCGCCACUUCCUGAAAACUGUGAUGGAGGAAUGUAUGUUGGAGCUGCCGGCAUUGCUUAUGCGUUUUAUCACGUAGCUGAGAGUCCUACCUUUUCCGAGAAAAGAAGUAAUUUUCUAGACAUCGCAGAGGCAUAUAUUAAGGUAGCCAUCAAAGAAAUUAACAAAGUAGAUCCAUUAAGAGGUGGCAUUGGUACAUCACUGCUACUUGGCCAUGCUGGAAUAUAUGUCACUGCUGCUCUUAUUUAUGAAGCCCAAGGUUAUCAAGCUGAAAAAUCAGAGUACCUCCAGAAUUUUUUGAGCAUCCACAGUAACUUACCAGUCAACUUUUUUGCUCAUGGUUGUGAUGAGUUCUUUAUAGGUAGAGCAGGCUACCUGGCUGCUUGUUUGAUGCUGAAUAGACGUUUCCAAAAAAUAGCGAUCCCAAACGAAGUGACCUUGCAGCUUUGCAAUCUCAUUAUAGAAUCAGGCCGCCAGUACUCAAAGAAGGUCAAUCACCCCAGCCCACUAAUGUAUGCCUACUACAACUGUGAAUACAUUGGUGCUGGGCAUGGCAUUGCAGCAAUCCUUCUGGCUUUGCUAAAUUUCCCAGAAUGUUAUAUGAACAACCCAGUAGUUGAAGCUGAUAUCAAAGCUUCGAUUGAUUACGUUCUGUCGCACGAACAACGUAAUGGCAACUACCCACCAGUCCCAGAUGAAUGUAGGGAUGACUGGAACGAGCUUGUUCAUUGGUGUCAUGGUGCAUCAGGUGUUGUUUAUUUGUUAGCAAAGGCAUUUAUUGUAUGGAAAGAUGAACGAUAUUUGGCUGCUGCUUUGCGAUGUGGUGAGCUUGUUUGGAGCCGUGGAUUGUUGAAGAAAGGGCCAGGUCUUUGCCAUGGAAUCGCUGGUAACGGCUACGUUUUCCUUCUGCUUCACCGCCUGACAAGUGACGAGAAGUAUUUACAUAGAGCCAGGCAGUUUGCUGCCUUUAUGCAGACAGAGGAAUUCAAAGGGAAUUCCCGUGUCCCUGACGCACCUUACAGCCUCUAUGAAGGCAUCGCCGGUACUGCUUGCUUCCUUGCUGAUCUUGUCAACCCAGCUGAUGCCACGUAUCCAUUUAUGGAGGUAUUCUAAGGCAGGAAAAGACCUCUUUGUUGCAAAAAUGCUCUUGAGGAUGUCAAAGGGCUUCCAGCAUACGUAAGUGUAGUCCCUUUGAUGUUGCACAAAUAAUAAGUCUCUUUUUUGACUGUCUCAAGUCUCAAGAAAUUGUCUUCAAGAGCCGGUGCAUUUCCCUCGUAUUUUUGUAAAUGUAUCUAGCAGACAUUUUGAACCUCAGCAGAUACAAUCCAGUCUUAUAAAGGUUACUUAGUGGUGAAUACGACACCUUAAAAUGAAUAAACACUUUGAGUAUCAUAUAAUCUUUUUUUUAUUGCACAUCGCAGCGCUUGUGGGUUUGUAAUUAAAACCUCAUUAUAGAGCAUGUCAUUCUGUUCUUUGUAGACGCAGCAAAAAUCAGUUCCUUGUUUAAUCAGUCCAAUUGCAUGUCUCGCAAUCGCAUACUCUAAUUUUAUGGACCGUCACUAACGGGGUAUCAUCCCUGACCCCGGAUCCUCAACUCCUUCCAUCUACACCGCAAAAAAAAGAGAGGGCGAUCGCUCGCAUCUUCGCUUUGUAAAAACUUGAGUGCUGAAAACAUUUUCCUACACUACCAACUUUUGCUUGAUCGAGCCCGUGGUUUUUGUCGAUUUUCAAACUUGAAUAAUUUAUAAAGCUCCCAUAUACAAAAAAUAGAUGAUGGACCUUUAAAAGAGAACACCAUCCCCUUAAGCAAGAGCUUAAACCAAAAAUAUUUUACGGAUUGGAUGAUAUUCUAAACCAAAAUGAUAUUUUACAAUAAGAUAUUAGAAAGCUAAACUGUUAAAAGCUCUAUAUAAUGGAAACUUUCUACCCCAUAUGUUUUCUUUAAGUGUUGAACUUUUAUUGUAAUGAUAAUGAUAUGUUUCAUUAGAUUCAAGGUUUUGGAUAAUGCCAUGCCUUGAAAUCAGGUCUUUUCACGUGCUGUAUUUCUAUAGCCAGUUGAGAUAUUGAUAUCAAAUAAGAAUGCUGUUUAUUUCCAUAAUUACCUCUUAAAUAUCAAAGUUCCAGCUAAUUUUGUGAUUGUGUCUGACAGGCCGUCAGUGAUUAUGGAAUGCCCCAGUUACUACAUUGCCUUUAAUUUUUCCUAAAUUAUUUUUAUCUACAAAGUCAAGAAAAUUGGUAUACUAUUUGCCCAGGUAAUGCAAAGAAUACUGAGAACAGACAAAGUUCGGUAGCCACACUCCUAAUACGCCUUCUCAUUUUUGCAAAGGGUUUCCAGAGUAUUAGAUAACCUGUCAAUAAGAGGAUUAUAAAUCUUCAGAACCGUGCUUCUUUACAUUCAGUCUUGUUAUUCUUCUACUAUCAAAGUCCAUUUUGUUUUACACGGACCAUAAAUCGCCGAGUUUCAGCCAAAUUGUAAAAUUCUUUUUCCUCAUAGAGCGAGAUGCAGGAUAGAGAUCUAAUUUCAAUUACACUUUGUCAUUAUCAAUUUAUCAUUGAUUUAUUCAUGUUGAGUAAAUACCAAUAACAUUUUACUGUCCUAGCUUACUGUCAAUAUUCUGAGAGUGAACCGUGGCAUUGUCUCUCACAACUAAUUAACAAUUUUUUUGUCAUUUUGUGGCUUAAACGAUUGUAUAAAAUCUAUGGCAAAAGC